GAAAUGUGACAAGAAAAAUGUAAACAACGUUUUGUUGGAAAAUCUUUUUUACAUUCUCAGAUUUAAACUUUAAAAUGUCUAGUUUUCACAAAAUAAGUGAGACUCAGACUAGUGUUAGUGGGACAAAACUUAAAAAUAAUUCAAUUUAUGUAUCGUCUGGGAUACCCUCGCUAGAUCAUAUCGUAGGUGGAGGUUUGCCUUCCGGAGCUAUUUUUGUCGUCGAGGAAGAUGUCUUAGGAAAUUAUAGCAGAAUUCUCAAUAAAUACUUUCUUGCUGAAGGAAUAAUAUGCAAACAUGCACUUUUUAUUGCAUCUGCUGAUGAAGACCCGCAUGAAAUUGUUAAAGAACUACCAAAGCCAUGUGCACAACCCCUUGAAGAUGAUAUAAUUGACACCACUGAGAGGACUGACAAAAUGAAAAUUGCUUGGAGAUAUGAAGCUCUCAACCAAGUAGAGUCUUCCUUUGGCAGUACCACAAAUUUUGGCCACCAUUUUGAUUUGAGCAAGCAUAUUGAAGAGGAUAUUGUUAAAAGCAGCCAAAUUUCAUAUAACUAUCUAGAAAACAGUGAACAAAAUGUAAAUGGUUUCAGAAAUGGGCUUUACUUCAAGCUGUUGCAGAACAUAAAAGAAGCAAUUAAAGAUUAUAAAAGCAAUGGCAAAGCUGAUAAAAACAUACUGCGAAUUAGCAUUCAGUCUUUGGGGUCUCCUAUCUGGAUGGCUAUGGACUGUGAGGAGGACUCCCAUGAACAUUAUGGAAAAGAUCUGAUCAAGUUCAUGUACUGUCUUAGAGUACUACUCAGGGAUACAAGUGCUGUUGCAUUUGUCACUAUUCCAUCGCAUUUGUUUGAUGAUGAUCACCUCAUGAAAAGGCUUUUAUAUUCAAUUGACAAUGCAGUAAAAAUGGAAUCAUUCACUGGAUCAAGCAAAGAAACAAAUCCGGUUUAUAAAGACUAUCAUGGACUUUUCCACAUAACAAAACUAAGUGCAAUAUAUUCCAUGGUGCCUUAUGUGCCUCCAAGCCUGGAUCUUGCUUUCAAACUAAAGAGGAAGAAGUUCUUAAUUGAAAAACUGCAUUUACCACCAGAACUUGAAGAAACAAGUGAGAGGGAGCAAGAUGAUAUUACUGCAACACCAUACACUUGUGGAGGAUUCAAGAAAAAAGACAUAGAUUUCUAAGUGUUAUGUAUAGUAAAAAUAAGUAUAACAUCAAUUGUUAUGAAUUUUAAAAUAUAUUGCCUAUUUUCAGA